GUUAUAGAAAGCGGGAGAGAAAUUUUCAAAAAAAUUAAAAUGGACGCGCCAUUUUUUCAAAACAGAAAGAGAGUUGUUCAGAGAAGAAUGGAACAGUUUCCAUGUGCUUUGGAACGAACAGUAGCUUCCGCUCUGCUGCUCCUCUCCACCACACCUCCCUCUCUCUCUCCUUCGAACUUCGAUUUCCAAGACGAUGAGUCGAUCAAUGGGGCAACGAAGAGCAAGAGUUGCAGUUUAGUUCAAUUUUCAAAUUUCGAUUUCCAGGACGAUGAGUCGAUCGGAGGGGUAACGAAGAGCAAGAGUUGCAGAGGAAGUUUAGUUUCAAGUGAUUCGAAGAACUCGAGCUCUUCCAUCACCAGCGAUGUCUUCUCUGAGGAGACUAGAGCAAGCAAGACGAAGAUCGCGGCUGCUGUGCCUCAUCGCUAUGAGAUGGAGCUGAAGGUCGUGAGGAAGAGUCGCACGAAGAUCUAUAGGAAUUCUGAUUCCCAGAAGCUCAGCUCCGACAAGGCUGCCUCGUCGUCCUACAGAUCUGCGUUCGCUGAGACUUCGUGCAUAUCCAGCAGUUCUAGCUCGGCUUCAAGCGCGCGAAGCUGUUACCUGACCAGACGCAAGGAGAAGAUGGUCCGCGAGGACCUCAUGAGGAAGCGCGUCGGCUCAACUCAAAUGCGCCGCCUAGCUGAAGCCAUUUUGAAGUUGCUGUCUGGCGGCUGUUUUUCUGAAAUGAGGAUACGCCAACUGCUUGGUGACAGUCCUGACACCAGCAAAGCAUUGAGAAUGUUGUUAAAGCUUGAGGAGGUUAUAAGAUCAGGCACAGGAGGACGUCAGAACCCUUAUAUUUACAUGGUAUUUUUUUAUAAGCUCAGCAUUAGCUUCUGAAAACCCAUGCUUAUAUUAAUUACUCUUACUCGAAAUGUAUAUUGCAAAAGGCUUUCUAUUUAACAAGAUACAUUAGGAGAAUAAUUUCAUAGCAAAACAGAAAAAAGGGAAGUACAUAAUUUUAUGGUAAUAUUCUAAUUCUUGGGACAUUUAUGCUACUCAUUUUGUUUUGCAGAUUGCAGGAUAAGUAGUAGCUAGCUGUGGUGACCGGACUAGUCACCGGUCAUGUGCAUAGUUUUUAGCUAUCGAUCAUUCCCACUAGUUGGGAAAAUUUUGAUUGGACAGAUAGCUAAAGUGAAAAUAGUAACUCAAAAUUGAUUAACUGCGGUAACAACUCACAGGUAUAGAUCUAUAUAGGCAUGGGAGCGCAUACUUUUCCUUUCAGAUCAGAUUAAUCAUGUAAAAAGGAGCUAAUAAGUUCUAUAACUAUCUUCCAGCUGGUAAGUUGGUCGAAGGAUCGAACUUUAGAUCUUGGAUAUGAUCUGGUAGUGAUGAUGACAGCUAUCUUUUAGAUUUAUACAAUCGUGCAAUAUUAAUAUGGAUUUGUAUCUUUUACCAUGGCUAGUCUGCGUAUGCAUUUGGGUCAUUAAGAUAGUUUCACGACGACAUGCUUCUAAGAUUAGGUGUUGGCUAACUUUUUAAUGGUAUAGGAUAGGAUAAGGUUACGGUUGAUUGUUAGAAUUAAGUAAAAAGAAGGGAAACAUUUAGACAUCAAGUAAUAUUAUAAAACUCUUCAGUUAGAAACAAUUGCAGCAUUUUGGUUUCUUGUGUUUGAAAUAUUGAAAUUUUAAGAUCUUGAUUUAAAACUUGUUUCUUUAUUUCUCAGAUAGAUUUAAGUGUAACAGAUAUAAUUCAAAAUAAGUAUUUAAGGUCGAAGAGACAAGCAAAUUGAUUGCUAAUUUGCUAUAUACAUCUAGCCGGGAUGAACACUUGUUGGCCUUUGUCUUUGUGAAUGGUCAACAUUGAGUUUUGCAUCUUUAAUGUUCUUUCAAGUGAGGAAAACGAAAACCAAAGACUAGGAGAAAGAACAGUGGGGGAGUUUAAGCGACCUUUGAACAGAUCAAAUUGCUUCAAAGAAACCCCAAACCAAUUUUUAAAAUAUCUCAUUCCCCAUGAUCACAUGCUUGAAUAAAACUUACAAGCGGA